GUCACUUCCUUCUUCGGUGUGCUUACAAUUGGACAGUAUAUUCGAAUAUGAAAGUUGUCACGAUAUUGCUGUUGGCGCUGGUGGGAGCAGCCUCGGCACGAUGCGUCCGAGAUGGCACGUCCGGUCAGCCUGGUUGCAAGAAACAGGAAGAAUUGACUCAGGGAGUCUGGCGUCACAAUCACGAUCCGACGGCUUACUGGGAAUGUGUUAAACUUAACGAAGCUGGUGUGCUGAGGCGUUGCGGUAGUGAUAGUGCAUUCCAUGCUACCCUCCUGGAAUGCGUUAGCUGGGAUGAGUGGGAGUGGGAACCGCCCUGUGCACCGAUUUCGCGACCGGACAACUAACGGUGGCACUGGACAAUAACCGCAAACAGUCAAGCAUGUGGAGAUUGAUGGACUAACAGUGGAGAAAGAUAGGGCUACAAUGUAACAGCAAUAAAAGUGAUAACAGCAACUGAA